AUGCGCGUGUGUGGCUGCAGCGCUCCGAACCUGCGGAGGUUUCUGCUGAGGGCUCUGUUGUUCUUGGCUGCUGUGUUGCCGACGAGCGGGGACUGCCCCAAAUCAUGCGCCUGCAACGUUCCCACUGAAGUGCACUGCACCUUCAGAUACCUGACCGCAAUACCUGACCACAUCCAGCCAGCUGUGGAAAGAAUUAACCUCGGGUACAACAGUAUAACUGUCUUAAGGGAAAAUGAUCUUUCAGGACUUGGAAACUUAGAGUUGUUGAUGCUGCAUAGCAACACUAUCCACAGUAUUGAUGACAGAGCCUUCCAAGACCUCAAGUCCUUACAGGUCCUGAAGGUGUCCUUUAAUAAAGUAAAGGAGAUCAGGAAAGAGACGUUCAAAGGUCUAGACAGUUUGCUGAGACUCCACAUUGACCACAACCACAUUGAAUUCAUCAGCCCAGAGGCCUUCUACGGCCUAACCAGACUACAGUUGGUCCAUCUAGAGGGUAACCACCUCCAGCAACUCCACCCAGACACAUUCAUCACACUGAGAAACAGCCAGGUGUUCAAGAUAUCCUCCAUGAGAAACAUCCACCUGUCGGAUAACCUCCUCACUACUCUGCCUGAGGGUAUCUUCUCAGGCUGCAGCCAGUUAGAGAACCUCUUCCUUCAUGGCAACCCAUGGACAUGUGAUUGCCGUAUGAAGUGGUUCUCAGUCUGGGUACAAAGGAACACAGGUGUGCUGAAAUGCAAGCGAGACAGGAGAUAUCCCAGAGGCCAGCUGUGUCCUGUUUGUGAAAGUCCUGCCCCUUACCACAACAGGCCUCUAUCUCUUCUCCCUGGUGAUGCCUUCACUUGUACCAAACCAUGGAUCCAACCCCAUCUAAAGAAGAAAAACAUCAGCCUGGAUGAAGGAGACUAUACUCCAGUUUCCCCCAAGGACUUCAUUGCCCCAUUAGGCUCCAUACAACUGAAGCUGACUGACCAGUUACACAGUGAUGCCAGUUUGUCCUGCACUGUCCAGAUGCCCUCUGCUUUGGAGAACCUGACACAAACCUUAGAGGAGGGGGAGGGGAACAAUGCCACCAUGCUUACUGCGAGCAUAAGUACAUAUUUGGUGUGUAUCAUUGACCAUGAACACAUACAGCAGCUGUGGCAGAUGCUGGCCACCUACAGUGACUCUCCCCUAAGACUGGAGAGAGGCUUAAUGCUGACGAGAAGCCCAGAAAUGGUGUACAGGUAUAGUCAGAUGAAGAAAACAAAUGAGGGAGAGGAAGGAAUUUAUACAAACAUUGAGGCUGAGAUUAAAGCCUCACCUGCAUGGUUGCUGCAGGGAGAGGUGAGCUUCCAGCUGGACCGCACUACUACCACCUUCUCUACUCUGCACAUUAAGUACGAGUCUGUGGUCAACCUACGUGUGGAAAACACAUCACCUAAGAGGGACCGAUAUUCCUGGACCAUGAUCAAGCGAGACAAUAAAACACAGACUGAACACACUGUACUUACAGGUGGUGUGGUGCAAUUGAGCUGUCAAAUCCAGGGUGAGCCAAAGCCUUUGUUGGAGUGGAUUUUACCAGAUGGAAGUAAGGUCAGAGCUCCUUUCUCCAGUGAUGACAGGAGGAUCAUAAUCACUGCUGAGGGGAAGCUCACUCUACGGGGUGCAGAUGCUUCAGACACUGGCCUUUACCGGUGCAUCACCACAAACUACCUGGAUGCAGAUGUCCUUGUUUUUCGAGUGACAGUUCUGUCCCCCUUUGUGGAAGAAUCUGAUGUUAACGGUGUCCAACUCUCACAGCCACUUGGUGAAAAUCUGUUUUUUGACUGUAGCUCCUCGGGAAGUCCUGAGGCGUCGGUCCAAUGGAUACUCCCUGACCACUCAGUAGUGGGCAGUUCUCAUGGGAACAGAAAAGUGUAUGAUAAUGGAACCUUGCUGGUUAAUGGUCUCACAGCAAGGGACAGUGGAUUUUACAGAUGUUUAGUUUCAAAUCACCUCGGAUUUGAUUUGCUCGUGUCUCAGGUGACAGUGACUGGAGAAACAUCUGAAAGGGUGACAGUUUUGGACAGUGAAGGAUCCGGGCUGGAAAUGGAGGACAAGGUUUACCUUAGCCUAACUGAAAACACAGACACUCUCAAUGAGAUCCCCUCCUCCAGUCCCUCGAACGGAACAAGUCAGGAAUCCAGAACCAUUACCUCAGAUCGGCCUUACCCCAGACUCAGGUCACAGGUUAGGGUAGGUGCUGGAGGUAGACUCGGAAAGAAAAGGAAGGGCCCAGUCAGCAACAGACGCAUCUGGAGUAAUAGGGUGUUUGAUAAAUCUUCCAGGAAAGUGGAUGCGCAGAAAUUUGCUGAAUUUAUGAAAAAGGCUCAAGAUGGUUUGCGAAUAAAGGCUGGCGCAGAGGAAGAGGGGAUACAAUAUGAUCACUUGAAUACCAUCCUAUCUGGUGAUGGUGAAAUUGGCUCUGGUGAGGGUCAUAGUGAAAAUAAUCUGCCAAGAAUAGUCAAAGCAACCACAGAAAAUCCACAAAAGGGUAUGAUGAUUGGACAAGAGAACAGGCUUCCUGAAACUAUAACAACUACUCAUGCAGGUCAAGAUAGUAAGGAAGCAACAAUGGAGGCACAUCAAACAUUUGGCACGGAAACCACAGUCAACAAUCCUAUCGAUUCAAGUCACGUGACAGAAAACACAAACACACUUACAACAGAAUCCUAUAUGCAGUCAGAUUCGACACCAAUAAAGUCCACAUUUACACACAAUCCAUCAGGAAAGAGGGACACACAGAGUGACGCAGCAACACCACAUAGCACAAUUGUACUCAACACAGGGCUUUCAAGUUUUGAUGACACCACAGAUUUUUAUACUAAGGAAAGUACUUCCAAGCCAGGCUCAAACAGGCACCCUGUCACACUCCAACUUACUGUGACUGACACGUCACAAGAAACACAGCUCCAGUUCUCAGGAGCACAACCUGCAGAGUCAGAGACGUCAACUGGGACGUCGCUUUCAUUUACCACAGACCCUCAUGUUACUCCCAUGAUGGAUGGUCCAGGACCAUUGGAGCUCAUUGUUCACACAUCUACAGACCCAGAAAGCCAGACAACAUUCACAGCCGUCAGCACAACAGAGAGACAUCAAGAUGAGAUAACCUUCCACACUACCCAAACCAUCAAAUCCCCCCACUUGCCGCCCGGAUCAACUAUCAUCUCCCGUCAGCAAAUUCAAAUCAUCCCAAACAAGAACAGCAGAGGUGGGGGGCGCAGGAGAACCUUUCAUGGCCGCCGGAGGAUCAUUAAACCCAAUAGGAUCACUGACAUACAGUCCUUCAUCAAUAAAGUGAAACAACCCUCAGUAAAGAAGGAAGGGAAUUCCACAGUGCCAUAUAGAAUUGAACUGACCACAGCGUGUGACUGGAAUGAAGACAAAAAGAAGACCGAAACCACUGAUUUGCAGAUGGUUACACCAACAGCUCCAUCUGAUUCAUCUUUACACAGGACAGAGAGACCUUCCUCUGCAGCUUCUACCACAAACUAUUACAUUACUUCAAAUUCUCCAUUCACCCACACUGAGUCUAAGUCAGAAGUUUCUAGUGGUUACAUAACCUCUGCUGAUGCCCCUGAGUUUGACCCUACAAUAGAUCCAUUUUUUACCACAAAUGAGGAAGAGUCCAUCUCCAGCACAACCACUACUACAAUCGCCUCAAAUGUUAUCCGUGGAAGAAUUCCAUGGAACAGGCUGUUUGGAGGCAGAGAGAGGGAAAAUAUACAUGGCAGGCUUAAGAAGCCACUUAACACCCAAAAAAACAUAACUACAGUUGACACUACAACAGUGACGCCAACCACGACCCCUGCAGCUCUGCCGACCACUACUGCAAACUUCCUAUCAGACCCUGAGACUGAGUCCCCAUCCAGACACGCAGAAGGCAAAAAGGGCUCAUUAGACGAUGACUAUGGAGAUUUAUCCUCUGCAGUCUUUGAAUUAACAACACUGCAACCUAGCUUUCACCAUCUAACCACUCCCAGCCCAUACUAUACCUCCAAGUCUGCCACCACUGCUGAAACACCACCUAAAUCACAGACUCUACCUUCCCCCUCUCCUGUCAAACCACCUUUAAUUAAAAAUACUGAUGAAGACUUAUCAUCUGGGUCUGGGGGACUUCCUGAUAAUUUGUUUGUAUUCAGACAGACGCCUGGUGGGACAAGAAGACAAAAAGGUCGUAGAAGGAGGCCCUUCAGGGGCAGGAGGCCCUUCAAGAAACCUGCAAUCACUCAAUUAAACCCUACUAGCACAACUGAGGCUUUAAUUACAACUUUGGAAACUACAAUGGAGACAACCACACUGCCACAACAUACUUUUUCACCUUACAACCCCCUUUAUACACCAUCUAGGAAAGAGGACAGCACUCCAGUAGUUAUUUCUGCUGACCAAACAUCAAAGGAGGAGACUGACUUAUAUGAGGAAUUUGAUUGGAGCACAUCUAGCAGUUUACCUGCCUUUACUACAACCAAGACACCCUUGAUCCCUUCAACUGCAUUAACCCCUACCACCUCAUUCAUGCCAAUUACCACAAAAAAAUUGCCCUACACAACCGCUCGGACCGAAGUGCAGAGAACACCAAUACAGAGUAACACUGGUCACGCCACUCUUAGACCACCAGUGAGGAAAAUAAGACCAACUGUGCUGAGUAGUGGUGCCAGUGACAUUGCCGAUAAAGAACUUGACGCAAUGACCAUCCUGACAGAUGAACAGGGACCAUACAACAACAAAGGCCCACACUAUGACAUCUCGAGUGCUCAUGAUCGUGUCACUGGCAAUGAAGCUACACGUGCCAAUACUGCUGGCUUUGAACCCACUACAAAUAUUAUGACCAACAAACCUAAGAUAGUUGGGGGCAAUGCAGCUAGCUUCACCGUGUUAUCCAACUCUGAUGCUUUCCUGCCAUGUGAGGCGGUUGGGAAUCCUGAGCCAGCUAUAACUUGGAAACGCUUCUCCUCAACCACAGGAAACAUCGUUACUGUUAAGGGGAAGAUGGGCAAGUUUGAGGUAUUGAGCAAUGGUACGCUGUUUAUCCAGAAUGCCAACAUUAAGGAUCGUGGCCAGUACAUCUGUUUAGCUGAGAAUGAUUAUGGAUCAGAUAAACUUUUUGUUACCCUGUCUGUGGUGGCCUACCCCUCACGCAUCCUGGAGCCAAAAAUACGUGAGAUAAAGUCUCAUGCAGGAAACACGGUUGAAAUGAAAUGUAGAGCAGAGGGUCGCCCCCUACCCAUGUUGUCCUGGAUCUUGGCCAACCGAACCCAGGUCAAAGGUCAAAACACAGAGAAGGGAAGGGUAUCAGUGUCUGCUGACGGGACUCUGGUCAUUGAGGAGGUGUCUGUUUAUGACAGAGGUCAUUAUAAAUGUAUUGCCAGUAACCCAGCUGGGGCUGAUACUGCUACAGUCCGUCUGCAGGUGGUGGCAUCUCCCCCAGGUAUUGUGGAGGAGAAACGGCAGCAGGUAAAAGUAGGUGUAAACCAACAUUUGUGGCUACCAUGUACUGGUCAAGGCAGCCCUCAACCUGCUAUCCACUGGGUCCUCAAUGAUGGCUCCAUGGUACAAUCUAACAGACCUGCCACAAGGAUAUCAGUGUAUGGAAAUGGAACCCUACACAUCAAGGAUGUGACUCCAAAAGACAGUGGCAAGUUUGAAUGUAUUGCUACCAGCUCUACCGGCUCAGAGAGGAGGGUUGUGACCCUGACAGUAGAGAGGCAAGAGUCUGCACCUCAAAUAGUGGAGACAUCCCAGCGUGUGACAGUGUUGUUCUUUGAGGACCAGCUGAGACUGAACUGUUCAGCUACAGGAGACCCCAAACCCCAAAUCCUAUGGAGACUGCCUUCUAAAGCUAUAGUGGACCAGUGGCACAGGAUGGGCAGUAGAAUUCAGGUCCUGGAUAAUGGUACUCUUAUUGUGACCGCUAUAAGUGAUAAAGAUGCUGGAGACUAUCUCUGUGUGGCGCGAAACAAGAUUGGUGAUGAUCUCCAUCUUAUGAAGGUCAGUGUGUCAAUGAAGGCAGCCAAGAUAGAGCCGAAGCACUAUGGAAAGAAGAAGGUACCCUUCGGUAACGACUUUAAGGUUGACUGUAAAGCAUCAGGAGCACCAAAGCCAGAGAUCUCCUGGGGUCUACCAGACGGUACAGUGGUCAACAGCGCUCUUCAAUCUGAUGCUAGCAGUGGACAAGCACGAGCACGGCGCUAUACACUUUUUGACAAUGGCACUCUCUACCUAAACCAGGUCAGUAUGUCAGAAGAAGGGGACUACACAUGCUAUGCUGAGAACCAGGUGGGUAAGGAUGAGAUGCAUUUACAUAUAACCGUGGUGACUGCUGCCCCAAGGAUACGUUCAACUGGCCAGACAUAUGCAAGAGUGAAGCCUGGAGGGAACAUCCGCUUUGACUGUGAAGCACUUGGGGAGCCCAAACCCAAAAUCCUGUGGAUGUUGCCCACCAACGAUGUCAUUGCAGCAUCUAAUGAACGCUACCUCAUGCAUGUCAAUGGCUCGCUGGAUAUUAGGGAUGUGAAGCUUAUUGAUGUUGGAGAGUAUAUCUGUAUGGCUCGAAACCCUGCUGGAGAAAAUAGAAAAGUCUACAAGCUUGAUAUGGAAGGAAAUCCGCCAGUCAUUAAUGGCUACCGGCAGAACAGAACAGUAAUCAAAGAUGUCGCUGCCAAAUACUCCAGGAAAUUAAUAGACUGUAACGCUGAUGGCGAUCCUAUGCCUAGUAUCACUUGGAUUAUGCCUGAUAACAUCUUUAUAAAAGCACCAUACUUUGGCAGCAGGAUUAAUGUCCACCAUAAUGGGACAUUAGAGAUUCGUAAUGUGCGGCCAACUGAUACAGCUGAGUUCAUCUGCAUGGCCAGGAAUGAUGGAGGAGAGGCAGUAAUGGUGGUGCAGCUCGAGGUGAGCAGUAUUCUCAGGAGGCCAAUCUUCAAAAACCCUUUCAACGAACGUGUUGUGUCUCGCAUUGGGAAAACCACAGUACUAAACUGUUCUGCUAGUGGGUACCCAAUGCCAGAGAUCAGUUGGACUUUGCCAAAUGGAACGCGGUUGACUAGUGGCCAUCCCCUAGUUAAAAAUGGGACUUUAGUCAUCUACAACCCUAGCAAAGAGAAUGCGGGGAAGUACCGCUGUGGUGCAAAGAAUUUCAUGGGCUACAUAGAGAAACUAAUUAUUUUGGAUGUCGGACAGCCUUACAUCCUUACAAGACCUAGAGGCGUAAUACGCAGUGCUGCUGGAGAACCUCUUUUAAUUCAUUGUCUUUCUGAUGGGAGUCCAAGACCCCACAUUUACUGGACCAUUCCUGGUGGCCACAUUCUUACUCAGCCUCAAGUCUCUGGGCGCUUCCAGGUACUACAGAAUGGUACUUUGAUUGUUCAGGAUACAACUAUCCACGACCAAGGGAACUACAUCUGCAGGGCGCGGAGCAGUGCUGGGGAGGCUGUGCUCACUGUUCCUGUUAUCAUCAUCGCCUACCCUCCGCGGAUCACAACAGGUCCACCGCCCAGUGUGAGGGGAGUGACCGGGACACCUAUUCAGCUCAACUGUGCCGCCAUUGGGAUCCCCAAACCAGAGAUAAUCUGGGAGUUGCCCGAUCAUUCAGUUCUGUCAGCGGCAGACCAGGGUCGGCCCAUGGGUAGCGAACUGCUCCACCCUCAGGGCACACUUAUCAUUCAGAGGCCCAAAGCCUCAGACUCUGGCACAUACAAGUGCCAGGCCAAGAACCACCUGGGUACAGACUCAAAGGUCACAUAUGUGCGAAUAUUGUGAGAAAAAGACAAUACCAAUGGAGGACUAUGGCACGACCAAGAGUAAACAUCAACAGACACUUGUCCGUGAGGAAUGGUGCAACGUUUCACAUGUGGAUUAAAGAUGAUUAAGGCUUCUGGAACAUUGUUAAAAAAGUGACUAAUUUGGAUCAAAACAAUUAACAGAACAGAAACUAAGCAGAGAUUUUAUAGGGAAAAAAACAUGCUUUUUGUGAAAAGCCAGCCUGGGCAGGGAAGUUGUUGUUUUAACUUUGGAUCUGGGGAUCUGGAAAACCAUAGGUGGUUCUCAUUUGGGGUGGUUCUCAUGGGAGCAAAACAGGCAGUGAAUGAGUCGAACUUAAAGUGAUUUCUCUGACCAGGCAUUGCUGGCUGCGCAUGGGGAUACUAUUACAAUACAUACAGAGAGGGAGAAAAAAGUGUAUAAGAGAUUGAUGGAAAGAAAGAAUUAUCCCAAGAGGCUUUUUAUUCCCUUCAGAUAUUGGCCAGAUGUCAUUGUUGUCACAACACAGGAUUUGUUGUUUAGCAUCAAAUGAAAAAGACAGGCAGAGUACUGUAUAUGGUAAAGCAUCUUUCAAGAGCUAUUCAUACAAUUUUACAGUGGAAGUAAACAGAUUUGUUGAACAGGAGGCUUGUUUUACACUGGAUACAUAUCUGCAUGGACCUUUAUAACACCUGAUUUCUGUAUUAUACUUUUUGAUGACAGGUUUAAGGCAGAUUUAUUAUGUUUAUUCACAGUGCAGUGUAUUGGUCAAAAACACACUUUCCUAUCAAUGUAUUGUGUUGUACACAAGAAUAUACAGUAAUGUUAUACAUUAUGCUCAUUUGUAAUAAUACAGUAUAUGUACCUAUUUGUAGUAUCUACUU